AUGGCAGAACAAGAGAAACAAGAUCUGAAGAGACAGGUUGAACAAUUCCUGAUGAAUGACCAGGAUGGCAGCGGCACAGUUACUGCUCAGGAGCUCAUAGAUUUCGUGUAUAAGAUGGGCGGCAACAUAUCUGAGGAACAGAAGCAGGAGUACCGUGAUUGGGUAAAGGCUGUUGACACCAGCGGAGAUGGAGCCGUGAGCGUCAAGGAAUUUCUUGCCAUGAUGAAUUCUGGAUCCUCGCCGCUCACUGAUACUUUCAAGCAGUUUGACAAGGACGGUAGCGGCUACAUCACCAAGGAUGAAAUUCGCAAGGGCAUGUCUGAGAAUGGCCAAGAGCUGGGCGACGAAGAGCUGGAUGAGAUGAUGAAGGAAAUAGAUACUGACGGAGAUGGGAAGGUCAGACUUGAAGACUUUAUACUCAUAUCUAUAUCUAAUCUAAAACAAACAUGUUUUCUUGUGUGUUACGUGAUUCCAGAACAAUUAUGGGCUAAUAUGUAAACUGUGUGAUAUGUAUAUUGUCUAAAAAGUAAGUUUCAAAAAGUAGUCAAUUCAGCUUCAGCCCGUGACUGAGAUAUGCUUGUUAUAGCUGAUGAUAAUAAGUCACCCAUAAAUCAUUUCAUAAAUCACUCUCACUCACUCACUCACUCGCUCGCUCGC